GUGAGAAAACUCUCAUUUCCCUUCCUAAUUGUGGCAACCAAAAAAAAAUUAUGUUAAUCAGAAAUCUUUCCAACAACAAAUACCGAACGAAAGCGGCUCGUAAAUUCAAGUUAAAAUGGCGGGUUUAUGAGGUCUAGCUCAAGUGGCAUGAGUGGGAUUGGUGGAUCAGAAAAGAUAAAUAAUCGAAAGUGUAUAGGUUCGUCCAAUCUUCACGACCACGAGUUUCGUUCUCAUCAUUUGACAAAGAAAGCAACUUCCUUCGUCCCGGUUUGAUCAGCGACCAAUGGCUUGCCCAUUGUAUGACCUGGGUUGGGUCCUAUGAUCAACCAAUGACCAGUUUUCCCCAUGCAACGAACCUAGCACACUUGAGCGUCAGUGUCAGUGGGUUGGAGAGAGAGAGAGAGAGAGAGAGAGAGAGAGAGAGAGUGUUCCAUUUGAGCUAGUUGGGACUACAGUUACGAAGAAAGGAUAGUUUGGGAUAGCGUAAACGAGGUAUAGCAGUCCUUGCCGACUAACUGUUUGAUGCUUUGCUCCUUAGACAACAACAACUCUCUUUGCUCUAAUCUACAUAUAAUACUUGACCCCCGUUAGUCUUCGAAAUUGCACGGCUUGGUCUUUACUACUUUGUAGUGGCGGUCUCAACCGACCUCCGUGAUGUUCUUCAAGAGAGGAAUCACAUUUGCUUCAGUAGUAUAUCCGCAUUUCCUUUCGAGGGCUCGUAGUUUUGGCCCCAAGUCCAACACAACCAUUCCCAUUCUCCAUCGUUCUGAACAAGUUUCUAAUUAUUCGAGUAGCUUUCAUCUUUCUCCGCUGUUCCCUUCCGAUGCUAAACCCCAUUCCGACAGCUAUGAUAUUGAGCUUGUUGACCAUGAUGCAUGGCUGGUUUCAUCGGGUUUGGCACUAGCAGGGCGUGGAACGGAGGGGACUGCGUCGGAAUCCAGUUACUUAUCGGAGGAAGUGGUUGAUGAACCGGUUGAUAAUUGCUCUCUACCUGUCGAGGGUGACCCAGAUUUUGAUGACAUUGAUAAUAUGAGGAUUCGAGGCAGUCUUUUCUAUAAACUUGACCGCAAUUCCAAAGAGUUUGAAGAGUAUAAUUUCGACUUUCAUCGUAGGAAGAAGUCUUCUAAGCAGAAGGAUGAUCCAAAGGAAAUUAAAAGGAAGAGUAAUGAGCUCAAAGAAAGCAAAACAGACAGCCCAAUUCGGGAUUUAUUCUCUAGAAGUGAGAAACAAGGUAGAAUUGCCAACAAUUCUCAGCUUGAUGAAAUGGACACUGCUUGUGUUGGGAAGAAGAAGCUGAGGACUCCGACUUAUAACCAGCUAACAGGUCCUUUCCAUGAGCCGUUUUGCCUGGACAUUUACAUAUCGAAGGCGUCUGUUCGUGCUUGCAUUAUUCACCGAGUGACCAGUAAGGUUGUUGCUGUGGCCCAUUCCAUAUCAAAAGACAUGAAAUUUGAUCUUGGUUCGACUAGGAACGCAGCUGCUUGUGCUGCUGUUGGGGCAGUUCUGGCUCAGAGGGCAUUGGGUGACGAUAUCCACGAUGUGAUUUACACACCAAGGAAAGGGGAGAGAUUGGAAGGCAAGCUUCAAAUUGUGCUUCAGUCUAUCAUUGAUAAUGGCAUUAAUGUGAAGGUGAAGUUAAAGCAAAUAACAAGGAAGAAACCCAGUUCCUCAUAUUCAGCUUAGGAGCACAUGGUUUGCUAUAUGAGAUAUAAAAGCUGGCUUAGCCAAUUCAACAACAAAAGUUCUCUGCUUUGAAAUGACUUUCCGGGGAGCUAAAGCAAUCAGCCUGAUGGUGUAAGAUAGACAAACAUGGCACUUUAUCGUGUUCAUAGCAGGCACUUAAUUCCCUAGCAUUGUUAAUACAAAUUUAGGAUCAUCUUGCCAUAUCUCUUGUGGAACUAUUGGUCUAAAUUUCCUUCUUUGUAAUCUAUAAAUUAUGAUGAUAAUUUUUUUUCUCUUUCUGCAUUGUGUAUGUAAUAUGUCAUUGUUUGGAAUGAAGCCGGAGAAAUUAUUGCA